AUGAUAGCACGCAGUGGCCCAAUCAUCAGGAUGACAACAAGCAAGCUUAGCCUCAGCUCGAAAGCCAAGCUCUCGGACGGCAACCUCGUCCCCCGGCUCGGGCUGGGAGUCUAUGAAAUGUCGGAUCACGAAGCCUCUCGUGCGGUCACUUGGGCCCUCGAAGCAGGCUAUCGUCACUUUGACUGCGCUGAAUGGUACUACAACGAGCAAAGCGUCGGCUCGGCCAUUGCGCGUUUCCUCGCCUCCCCCAACUGCCGCAUCCAACGAUCCGACAUUUUUUACUGCACCAAGCUGCAAUCCAACAACGGCUAUGAUGCAGCUAAACGAAGCAUCGCACAGUCGCUCAAAAAGUGCGGGCUGGGCUACAUCGAUCUGUAUCUCAUUCAUAGCCCUUACGGCGGCAAAAAGAAACGACUCGAAAGCUGGAGGGCCAUCGAGGAAGCUAAGGACCAAGGCAUCAUCAAAAGUUGCUGGGGUCCACUGGUCCGAGCUGAACGCUUUGACCACCCCGUCAUUGUCGAGCUCGCCAAGAAGCAUUCCGUAACUCCUGCUCAGGUGCUCAUCCGUUUCUCCCUUCAGCGAGGUUAUAUCACGAUCCCCAAAUCCGUUUCCAAGCAACGCAUCAUCGAGAAUGCCGAUGUCUUCGGUUUCGAGCUCGAUGAGCAAGACAUGCAACAGCUUCUGACCCUGGACGAGUAUCUGGUCACCGACUGGGACCCAAUUGGCGACCCUUCCGCUUGA